AUGACCUUCGCAGAGUUCCCUUGUGUGUGGUCCGACGCGCACGUUGCGCGCUGGCUGGCCGACAUCAAGUGCGCACAUCAUGCGAGGACAUUCAGGGAACACGACAUCCGCGGGGACGUCCUGCUGGAGCUCGACCAGCUCACGCUGAAGGAGAUGGGCAUCGCGAGCGUCGGGGACAGACUUCGCAUCCUGAAUGCAGUCAAGACCCUUCGACAGCGCUGCUCA